GUUUGAUUAGGUUAGAGAAACAAGAAGUGAUAAAUGAUAAACAUUGAUGUAUCUAACUAACAGUAUAUCUAGAAAUCAAAAAUAGUUUUCAGGAAAAUCCAUUGAAUAUUCCCAAUUUCUAAAUAUCAUUACUAAGAAGAAUCAUGGAUCCAGCUCUAUUGAGAGAAAGGGAGUUGUUCAAAAAGAGAGCGCUCACAACUCCAACAGUUGAAAAGAAAAAGACAGAAACAAAAGCAGAUGUAUUGAGGGAAGAAAAAAAGAAGAUUAAACCUCCUUCAGCGCCUAGAUUGGAUAUUAACUCAUAUAAAACCAGCACUGGCAGUUCACAGUAUAGAUUUGGAGUAUUAGCCAAAAUUGUGAAACAUAUGAAAACACGACAUCAAGAGGGAGAGACACAUGCACUAACAUUAGAGGAAAUUUUGGAUGAAACAAACCAGUUAGAUAUUGGAAGUAAAGUUAAACAUUGGCUGCAAACAGAAGCCUUGGUGGAUAACCCUAAAAUAGAGGCAUUACCCGAUAAUAAGUUCAUAUUCAAAGCUACGUAUAAAUUAAAAGACAAGAAGAGUUUGCUGAAAUUAUUGAGACAGCAUGAUUUGAAGAGUUUGGGCGGUGUAUUGAUGGACGAUGUGCAGGAAUCAUUGCCUCAUUGUGAAAAAGCCCUAAAAUCCCUUCUCAAUCAGAACGAGAUAGUUAUAGUUCAACGAACCGUCGACAAAAAGAAGAUUCUUUUUUAUAACAAUCAGAGAACUGGUAGUUCAAUUGAUGAAGAAUACCAGAAGCUAUGGAGAUCAGUUGCUGUAGAUGCUAUGGAUGAUGCGAAAAUAGAGGAAUACUUAGAAAAGCAAGGAAUAACGUCAAUGCAGGAUAAUGGACCAAAGAAAGUGGCCCCCCUCAAAAGAAAGAAACCAGGUUCCCGAAAAAAAGUCUUCAAGAAACCAAGAGACAACGAGCAUUUGGCUGAUGUACUUGAAACAUAUGAAGAUAACACACUGACCCAGAAGAAUACGAUAUAGUCUAACAUAAUUUGUGAUAAAAUCAUUCAAAUGUAGAUUCUGCCAGACUUGGCAAAGCUGAGAUACCAACCGAUGUGGGUGGUAAUUUUUUGAUAAGGCAUAUGAUAACUCCUUCCUGUGAUUGCUAAUUAUGUCCAGUUGGUCCAUCUGUUAGUGACCAAAAAUCAUUAAUUUAGAAAUAUUCUUUUGAGCAAGGUGGAAUUAUUUUGGUAAAUAGAAAUCCUUUAUGAUGUUUUC